AUGACUUCAAUCGCUUUGAGCUCACAGAAAAACAGGGAACACAUUGAGAGAUGGCAGCAGGAGAUAUCUUCGAAGCCAGAGGGAGACCAUGGAAUUAUAGCCCGCAUGUUUGAUACAUGCCUCGGGCUGCUUCGAAACCUGAUACAACACUCCAGUCCAACAUGGAUCACAACACCUGGACACCGCACGCUACGGCAAGGCUACGCCACAUUACAACUCUGGGAGCACGGUCAUGGGGUGGUUGAAGGAAAGCUUGAUGAUCACCUCAAGCGAUCAACGGAAGUUCGACAAGCUACCAUCGAGACCCUGAUCCAUUUAUGCAGAUGUCUGAUGGACGGAAUAUCGAAUUUCGUCUUAGCGCAAAUGAAUGAUGACUCAGUCCGGCGUCAGCACGCAGCAGCCUCAGAGCUUUAUAGUGAAUGGAAAUGGUACUUAAAAGCUGCCGACGAGAGCUCAAGCGAAGAGGAAAGCGACAGUGGCGAUGAUCAUGAAGAAGAAGACAGUCUACCAACACGAGUAAAUGUGAUGAUUCGCAGAGCGAAGACGUACAUAAACUGCUUAAUUGGUCUUGGUACUGCCUUGGAAUGCCCAGCUCCGGAUGAAUCCCACGAUGAUGAGCCUGGCGUGGUAGGGGUGGGCCCACGUUUUGCGCAGGACUAUCACACUGAUCUCAUACAAGCGAAGUACCCAGAGGCUGAAAUACAUUUAGUGCAGGUUUUGGGCAAAAUCAGCUGGUCGCGUUUCUUACGUAUGCAACGUGAGCGCGAGAACAAUACCGCUGCGGCGCCUGAGCUACAGGGCCUACUAGCACCCCUUACUACUAAAUCCACUGGCUUUAGUUCUGAAUUUCAGGACUCAUGGAUUGGCACCUCUCUCGCAAAAUCAAAGCCAUCGUAUGCGGAAUCGACUGUAUCGUUUAUGACGUGCGUAUCGGGUGGCGAGCGAGUCCGCAUCCCACCGCUGCCAGCAGAAGGGAAAAAUGGCCGACCCUUUGAGUGCAUCGCGUGCGCAGGACUCAUACGGGCAAAGAAUAAUCGCGAAUGGAGCAGGAAGCACCUCUUUAGCGAUUUACAACCUUACAACUGCUUCUAUCAUGAAUGCCACUUCAAUGCAACCGCAUUUACUAACCUUCAAACUUGGAAAGAUCAUCUAGAAUUCGAACACAAUUUAGGACCUGCAUGGGAAGCGAUUAAAUGUCCACUUUGUUUGAAUCUUACAGGAGACGGAAAGAGCGCCAUCUUAACACAUUUUGCGAGACAUAUGGAAGAUGUUGCUCUUCUGGCUCUACCACCUGCAGUAGAAACGUAUGCUGAGUCAGAAGUAAGUUUG